GCUCAGACCACUGGAGGUCUUUGGCUGUCCAGCUAUCACAUUUCAUUGGCAUCCAUGCAAGAGCUGUAUGCUGAACAAAGCCAGCUAACGCCCCAUGGACGAAUAGCUGUCCCUCAUGACACCCAAGGAACCUGCGACAGGUGGAGCUGUCCUUCCUUCCUCCCUUUUCAUUAAGUUUUGUUGCUCAGUGAACGUCCAUCAGGAGAAUGCGGCAAAUCGAGCGAGAUGUAAAAUGGAAACAGUAGCACCUACCUCCCAGGACCCGACUGUUAUGAGGAGCCAGUGACUCACUAUUUGUGAAGUGCCGCGCAUGGUGCCUGGCGCAGAGGACACGCUUCACAGGAGCUCUUAGCCAGAGUAAUACUGUCGAGUGAUCACUACACACAAGAUGAUUCCCUGUGGAGCCGUGUUGACCUUCGCCCGCUGCCUCAUCCGGAGGAAAAUCGUCACCUUGGACAGCCUGGAGGAUUCCAAACUCUGCCGCUGCCUGACCACUGUGGACCUGAUUGCCCUUGGGGUGGGGAGCACCCUCGGGGCGGGGGUCUAUGUCCUUGCGGGGGAGGUGGCCAAGUCCAGCUCCGGCCCCAGCAUCGUGCUGUCCUUCCUGAUCGCGGCCCUGGCCUCCGUCAUGGCUGGCCUGUGCUACGCGGAAUUUGGGGCCCGGGUCCCCAAGACGGGCUCUGCAUACUUGUACACUUACGUCACCGUGGGCGAGCUGUGGGCCUUCAUCACGGGCUGGAAUCUCCUCUUGUCUUACAUCAUAGGAACCUCCAGCGUGGCCCGGGCGUGGAGUGGCACCUUUGAUGAGCUGCUCAACAAGGAGAUUAGCAGGUUCUUCCGGAACCACCUCAACAUGUAUUCCCCAGGGCUCGCCGAGUACCCCGACUUCUUCGCCGUGUGCCUCAUCCUCCUCCUGUCGGGCCUCUUGUCAUUUGGAGUCAAAGAGUCAGCCUGGGUGAAUAAAAUCUUCACAGCAAUCAACAUCCUGGUGCUGAUCUUCGUGAUGAUUUCGGGGUUUGUGAAAGGCCACAUCGCAAACUGGAGGAUCAGUGAGGGCUUCCUCAAAAACAUCUCUGCCAUCACCCAGGAUCCGUCUAAGAAUGAGACGAGCCCACACGGGUCUGGGGGCUUCAUGCCCUUCGGCUUUAAGGGGACGCUGGCCGGAGCAGCCACGUGUUUCUACGCCUUUGUGGGCUUCGACUGCAUCGCCACAACGGGGGAAGAGGUCAAGAAUCCUCAGCGGGCCAUUCCCAUCGGCAUUGUCACUUCCCUGCUCGUGUGCUUCAUGGCCUACUUCGGCGUGUCUGCGGCCUUGACCCUCAUGAUGCCCUAUUACCUCCUGGAUGAGACCAGCCCCCUCCCCGUAGCCUUCGAAUACGUGGGCUGGAGCCCUGCCAAGUAUGUGGUGGCCGUGGGCUCCCUCUGUGCUCUGUCCACCAGUCUCCUUGGAGCCAUGUUCCCAAUGCCACGGGUAAUCUAUGCCAUGGCAGAAGAUGGUUUGCUCUUCCAAUUCUUAGCUAAAGUCCAUCCCAAAACGAAGAGCCCGCUCAAUGCUACUCUGACAUCGGGUUCUGUGGCAGCGGUCAUGGCCUUCCUCUUUGACUUGAAGGCUCUGGUGGAUAUGAUGUCUAUCGGGACCCUCCUGGCCUAUUCGCUUGUGGCUGCCUGUGUCCUAAUCCUCAGGUACCAGCCCAGCUCCACUCAACAGAAGACAAAAUGUUACUCGGAGAAAGAAGCCUUGACCUCGGGCCCAGCCGCAGACCUGCUGCCAGGGUCUGGUAACAGCAAGCAGGACCUCAUCAAGCCCUCGAGGUUGCCCACCCAGUGGUCGGCGUCUCUCGUCAGCUUUUUGGUGGGACUGCUGGCAUUCCUGAUUCUUGGCCUCAGCAUCCUGAUGACCCAUAGCGUGAAUGCCGUUACCAAUAUGGAGCCAUGGUGCCUUGGCCUUCUCUCUGUGAUCAUCUUCCUUAUUGUUGGCAUCAUCCUCAUCAUUUGGAGGCAGCCUCAGAAUGAGCAGAAAGUGGUCUUUAUGGUUCCUCUGCUGCCAUUUCUGCCCACAUUCAGCAUCCUGGUGAACAUCUACCUCAUGGUUCAGCUGAAUGCACAAACAUGGAUCCGAUUCAGUGUCUGGAUGGCUAUAGGUUUCCUCAUUUACUUUUCUUAUGGCAUCAGACACAGCUUAGAAGGGAGCCGAAGGCAUGAGGAUGAAGGCGUAUAUUUGGAGAACAUGGUGGGGCAAGCAGAAGAAAAAAAAGCCCUAUUGAGGACAGCAGCCUUACAUAGGGCAAGGCCAGCGUCCAUUCCUUCUUCUGGACCGGACAAGUCGAUGUUGAUGCCUGUGCACUCUCCGCUGGGCAGCACAGCCCCAAUGCUCCAUAUGUCUUUUGUUGGAAACUGGGACAGGCGUUCUCUGCCAGGUUCCACUGUCCUCGGUCUGCUGCUCUUGCCAUAUAUCCCCCCUCUGAUGUUUGUGCCUGUGGGCUGAGUGAGCCCAGACAAGAGCGCCAUGUCUGGGGCCCAGGCAUGUCCUGGAGGGUCCUCUUCUCGGGGGAUGAGCCCACAGAUAAAUGGGAGAGGGGAAACCAGAGCUGCACUUGCACCUUGCUGGGUUUUUGUUUGUUUGUUUAAUUUUGUCACAUAUAGGCCUGCCAGAGUUAGCCCUUGCUGGGCGGCUCUUGUGGAAAUUGAAGGCUGUUGAGUAGCAGGAUGCUGUAUGUGCCUCACAUGGAGGGGGUGGGGGAUACCACAGGCCUCUUCAAUUGCCUCUUUGGCUUUGUUCCUUGAAGCCCACAGGGUCACAUUCUUGUCCAUCCCUCGUAGCUCCAGUGGAAAGAGGGCUUUGGGGGAGCGGCAGAGCAGGGACAAGGACAAGUGUCCUCAGCAGUUUUUUAAUAAAUGCCAACAGUAGAUCCCUUAAGAUGACCCCUCUCUAGUAAAGAAAUAUAUCUAAUAAAUUAGUGAAUAUGAACAUUUGCUUCAGACUUGUAAUACACUGUAGACAUAACAUUCCACAGCAUUGAAUAAUUAUUUAAAUCAACAACCAUUUCUUAAGCACCUACUACUGUCAUGGUGGGAAGAACACUGGAAUUGGUACCAAAGGACCUGGCUUCCAAUCCUGGUUCUGCUGCUUCUUAGCUGCAUGACCUUGGACAAGUCAUUUGCUAUCUCUGAGCUUCCUCCAUAAGUGGACGGGGUUGAACUCAAUUGCUGAGGAAUCUUCCCACUCUAGCUUAGCAGCGAGUCUAUCAUCAUUUUGUGCUAUCCCUGUCCAAGUGGAGAAGGGAGGGGUGGGGUGGGGAGGAUUUGAAGUAAACAAACUUACAGGCUCCUCCUCCUGGAGAGUUCAGACAUCCAGCAGCCUAGCUUGGGGUGGGAGGCACAGGAUAACUGGGUUUUGCCAGACUUUAACUUGCUGCCCCUCCUCUGGGCCAUUAACUCCACUGCUUUGCUUUGGUUGGGAUUUUCUCUUAUUCCCCUGCUGCCCAAAGCCUUCACUUCUACCUUCUUUGAAUGAUGAGGUGGGAGGGGAAAGCAAGUAAGAGGAAAAGGCAAAACUACUCCUAAGCUGUCCUUUCCUGGUUAGCCAAAAGCAGCUAGGCCUCGCUGGAGGGUGCACCUCUCACCCUGUUUCUUUUGGAAACCUGUUAAGGUAUAUUUCUGUUUUCCUUGCUCCCAUUUUAAAAAGUAUUUCCAUCUGUUUGGCACUGUAAAUCGGGGUUGUUGUAAAUGACUACAUGUCAACACUGGUAACAGCAACCACUUUCCUGUCUCCUAGCAGGGUAAGGGUACGAGCAGAUGCUGGCGCCAUGCCUGGUCAGGGGUGCAGUGAUCAGAAAAUCUGGGCCAAGGAGUGAAACAAAAACAUGAGAGUCCCUGAAGUUAGCCGAGCCUAGCAUCCAGGCCCAUUCCAAGUAGGCCUUUGGGAGCAAGAACAGGGGCUCAGUUUCUGCUGUAGGGGUGAGUUGCUACUCCCCAAAUCAGUGCCUUUCUUAGUCGAAGAAGAGAUGUACUUCUGGAGUUUUCAGCCUUGGGGAUGGGGGAUAGUUAGCAUGGUGCUGAGUAUUGGAUACCUGUGGGGCAUGCACUGCCCUAGAGGGCCCAGAGAACAUUCAGAGUCAUGGCCCAGUGGAAAUGGUUCAGUGCAGUUCCCACUCUGGGGGCCCCACAUUUCUUGACUCCUUAAUUGGUGGGCGGAGAGGGAGAGGAAGCCACGAGCUUCUGGUCUCCCAAAUCACAGGCUACUAUUCUAUUUUGGAAGGACAAGAACCCUGACUCUCAUUCUAAAAUCUAACUUAGGAUCUUAAGACCUAAGAGCUAGAGCUGGAGGGCCCUCCAAGGCCGUUUAGUUCAGCCUCAUUUUACAAAGGAGGGAACAGACCAGGGGAAGCAAAGUGACGUACGACAACUGAUGGAGAUCUCAUCUGAAGGCCCUUUCCCAUGGAAGAAAAGAAACCAAGAGACAGGCCUUCCCCUGAAAUCCUCUCUUAAUGAUCAGAUGUAGAAAUGUGUUUGGCAAGCAGUAGACACCCCAGCCAAACCACUAGGGCCUUUCAAAAAUGCAUUUUCUAAGAAGGAAUUUGGUCAUUAUUAGCAAAUACAAACAUUUCCCCGUACAAGAAAAGGGUCCUUCCUGGAAACCUGAGGAUCUCCUCUGCAGAGUUUUGUCUCAGCUUGUUUUUUUUAAGUCUGCAUCACAUGUAACACAGCACUGUCCUUAUCUUUAGUCUUUUCCACUAUGGUCCCUGGUUUUUGUGGUGGUGUUUUUUUUUUCUAAUUGAGAUUUCCUUUCCUGUGUCACAGGAUAGUUAAUUAAGGUCUGGACCUGCCUAGCCAGUCAGACC